AUGAACAAGCGUAGUUGGAAACAACGCGGAACAAUUUUUCUAACGGAGAGUUGCAAUUAUAUCAUCCAAAGCAAUCUACCGACAAAGCUAAAAGAUCCAGGAAGUUUUACUAUUCAUUGCACUAUUGGCAACAUGAAUUCCAUAAAUUGUUUGUGUGAUUUGGGUGCAAGCAUAAAUUUGAUGCCUUUGUUUCUUUUUAGGUCCUUGUUUGGUGCUCAACCGGUGAAGCACACCUCGUUGGUAUUUCAACUUGCCGAUCACUCUCUUAAGAAGCUGUAUGCAAUAGUUGAAGAUGUGCUUGUUAAAGUGGAUAAAUUCAUCUUUCCGCUGGAUUUUAUGAUGUUAGACUAUGCGGUGGAUAAGGAGUGCCCCAUGAUCCUUGUUCGUCCAUUCAUGAAUACCGGCUGUGCUCUUAUUGAUGUGCAUGCCGAAAAGCUUACUUUGAGGAUUGAUGAGGAAAAAGUGGAGUUUGACAUGAAGAGAGUGAUGCGGAAUACCCUCGAGAAGAAAGAGUGCAUGGGGAUUGAUUUGGUUGUCUUUCAAUCCGAUGGUAUUGAUGAUGAGUAUUCCGAGGAUGAUGAACCCAAGCAGAAGAUUUUGAUAAAGAAGGGGGGGAUUACACCUUCAUCUUCCAAGGUACCACCUACUUGUGAGAUGAAACCUCUACCAACUCAUCUCUGGUAUGCUUUUGUUGGAGAAAACAAGAUUCUUCCAAUCAUUAUCUCCAACAAGCUAUCGGAAGCUCAAGAAAAGAGAGUUGUGUAA